AUGACUGACUUGAAGCAAUCGAUCGGAGAUAUGAAGAAGCUAAGUAGAACAAAGGUUGUGGAGAAUCUUUGCCUCUUGGAUCAAUACGAGCUUUCGUUGGCAUUGAUGGAAUUGAAGAGAGCUCUUCAGUGCGACCAAGAUAGGUUGGCAGCGUAUGAGUUGUAUGAGAUGAAUCAAACUAUCAAGCAUACAUUAGAAUUGCCCCUUUCUGGUCAAUAUGCACAUGUGCGGAUUAAGAUCCACGAAGAUAGGUCUUACGGGAGUCAGCCUACAUGCAAAGGAGAUGGCACUUUAAAGACUGGAGGUGUAGUCUGGGACGCUGCCUACUGUCUUGUGGACCUUAUCUCGCAGCUAGGGAUGGAGAGCUUUCGAGGGAGAAGAGUGCUAGAGUUGGGUGCGGGCUGCGGAUUCGUGGGGCUGGCAGCGGCUUCGCUUGGUGCCAUUGUCACCUUGACGGAUAGAUCCGAUCAUCUCGAAAACUUGUCCAAGAAUGCUGAUCUCAACACAAGUAUGGAGAAUGUUGUUGAUGUAGCUGCGCUUGACUGGGACGACCGAGAGGCCGCAAGACGUUUCUCGGAACCUUUCGACUGGAUCCUGGCAUCUGACGUCGUCUACGAGCAAGACAGUCAUUCUUCUCUGAGAGAUUUGCUUCACUCGCUCGUUGGACAUGAGACGAUUGUCCUUAUAUCCUACGAAUCGAGAACUGAGAAGCAUGACGCGUUCUUUACCUCGCUCGAACGAGAUCCUGCGUUUCAUGACGGAAGAGACCCAGGACUUGAGGAUUUAUGCCAUCGCGCCUGCGAGCCUGACGUGUGCAUCCUCGCACCAGAUGUCGUUGAAGACGCUGCAACACUGGAGAGAUGA